UGAGCAUGUGUUAAUUCUACCAGAUAUUAAGACACAUAUGUUAUUGAUUGACUUAUUUAUGUUCACGUAUGCUGCUUUGUGUAGCUAACGUGUUUUGCUCAUAAAAUACCUGUUAUUAAUUUAGCCAACUAAUGCGUUAGCUUGCUGGCAAUCUUAAUUUACAAUCUGAACGGGAGAUGGAUUUUCAUAUGUCAGGUCAAAUGAAAAACCUUGUUUGGCACCCAUCAGGAAAUGUAUUUAACCAAGAAAUUGGUGUAGUUGGAAAUGUUGUAUCUAUAUUUUACAGUAAUGUAGGAGUGGUUUGCUUUUUGUCAUUCGUAUAUUAUACUAGCUAGCUAUCGCGGCUUGUCACCGGCGUUUUAUUGUUUGUCAGCUAAAGUUAGCUACCUAAAUUCAUAUUGAAUAUAUAUUUUACAUUCAUCUAGCAGUUGUUCGCUUGGUGUCAUUCGUAUAUUAAUCCAUUGAUAUCUGAGUAGCAAUCGGUUUGUCACCGUCGAAAAUGGUUGUCAGCUAGCUAGCGAGCUAAGGAAGUUCAUGUCAGACUUCAUUCUUUCAUCACGAAUAGAGAGGCUCCGUGUUGUGGUAAAGCAUAUGUUUGUCGCCUGUGCCAUGACGCUGAGGAGGACCAUCAAAUGGACCGCUUCCUGGUCAAAGAAGUGCAGUGCUCAGUCUGCACAACAGUACAACAGGCACAACAAACUUGCAUGGAGUGUAAUGUGACCUUUGGGGAAUAUUACUGUGAUAUCUGUCACCUGUUUGAUAAAGACAAGAAGCAGUAUCACUGUCAGCCCUGUGGAAUUUGCAGGAUCGGACCAAGGGAGAAAUACUUCCACUGUGAGAAGUGCAAUCUCUGUUUAGCCGGAGAUCUAAGAGGAAAUCACAAGUGUGUUGAAAAUGUUUCAAGACAGAACUGCCCAGUGUGUAUGGAGGAUAUCCACACAUCCAGAAUAGGAGCCCAAAUUCUUCCAUGUGGCCAUCUUCUACACAAAACAUGCUUUGAUGACAUGGUCCAAACUGGUGCGUAUCGAUGCCCACUCUGUAUGCACUCUGCUUGGAAUAUGGAGCACAACUGGGAGCAGAUGGACAAGGAGAUCACUCAGUCACCCAUGCCCACUGAAUACCAGGAUGCCACUGUGAAGAUCAUAUGUAAUGACUGCCAAACCCACUGUACGGUGCCUUUCCAUGUUCUGGGAAUGAAGUGCACUGGCUGUGGGUCCUACAACACAGCACAGAAUGGUGGGCUGAUACGGCAGUCCCAGGAACCACAGCCCCAGGAGCCAGAGCAGCAGCCCCAGUCUCCAGUGCCAGAACCAUAGAAUUAGAAUAUGUAUCAUUUUAAUUCCAUUGGGACUCCACCCCCUAGUUCUCUAUGCUCCACAUUACUUCCCCAGUCUACGCAAGACUUAACUACACUAUCCACCUCUUUCCCAACAUUGAUCUGCCAAGAGUACAGGUAGUCAUGCCUGGGUUCCAGAACCUGGUGCUAGGACCUCAGGGCACCAAACUUGGAUCCCUCUCCUAGUGUGUUGUACAGCAAUUUUGGGAUUUAAUUUCUGUUAUUACAUGGCUAUUGAUCCAUUUGUUUCUCAGAUAAAAGCCAGCAUAAGAGAAGUGUGAAUGAGGAAUUAAAUAUAGUCAGCCACACAUAAUUUAUUUCCCAUUUUGUCCCAAGUUGGAAUGGAUUCAUGUGUGUCAGUAAUGGUUUCACCAAAUGAUUUAGAUUUUUGUUGGGGUGAAGAAUGCUGUUAUGUGAGGAGUUUGUAAAGCACUACAAUGUUUGACUGGCUUUGCGUUUCUAUAAACCUAUGUAAAUGCUUCAGACUGACAUUUUUACAAUGGUAAUGUAUUCCAAUGUUUGUUUGCAAAACUCAGGUAUUUGAAAUAGUUUAGAUACAGUUCAACAUCAAAUUGUGUUCAUUCCAUGUUUGAGUUGAAUAUGAAUUUCUGAUUAGACGAGUGAAUUAUCUUGAGUAACACGUAUGUAAAUUAUUGAAUAAUUACUACAGUUAGUCAAUGGCUGUUGGCAACUAUCUCACUCCAUGCUUAGCUCAUAUUGUCAGUAUUGUCGCUCAAACAUGAGAGAAAUAGAGUGAAAAUAUUGCAUCUGUAUUGCCUUUGGUGUCAUUCAUUGAUGCAGGUUUUGGGAUUUGGUGACAUUUACUGUAACGACUAAUACAUACCAUGAUUGUGCUGAAUGAUGUUAUUUAAGAUUUGCAUCACAGUAAUUCCGAAAUAAAUAUAUAAGAUAAUA